GUUGAGCCCAACCCCUGUCGAGCAUCUCAAGCGAGUAACUCUGUCGACCUCCAUCUACUCGAGACCCACGGCGACUCAUUCCCUUCGAACCCGAGACCCACGACACAUUUUUCCUCCCACAGCGACAAGCAAAGAAAUUAUGUGGUAUUUUUUUAGCUCUUGAAAGCAAGAAAAAUGAAGGAAAAAGUGGUAUUCUUCAAGGAAAAGUAAGAGAUUUGGUGUUUUUGUCCAAAGGCCCAAAACCAGCCCACCUCUUGUCCCAUGGCCUAUAAGCCUCUUGGAGCCGCCUGGAGCCGCCCAGAGCCACACGCCUGGAGCUGCCAGCCAGCCAGCCACCAGCCCAGCCACACGGGCCUGCCUCCCAGCACUUGGGCUUGCUGCUUUCCGCCCACCUCUACCAGCAGCCCUUCAGCCAUGCUCAACCAGCCACGUGGGCCUACGAACCACCCCAGGCCUGAGUCCAACAGCCACUUGCACCAGCCACCUUCCCCUUCUCCUUGAGCCCAAUUUGUCCCAUUGUCCCUUGUCCCUAAUGUCUAAAAAUGUCAUAUUUUUACCCAAACUUUUCCACAAAUUUUACCCCAAAAUCAUCUUUACAUCCUAAAACUUACCUAUAUUUUUCAUAUUAUUAUUAAUUUAAUCAAUUUAAUUAAUUUAAAUUAAUUAUUUUAAUACUCUCAUUUUGGCUAUAAAUAUAGAAUUUUCAAGACCAUUUGGGUAUGCUUAUUUUAGAGGAGGACACUACAAAAUUUCUACACUUUCAAGACCACUCCAUUAUCUUCAUCUUUUCUUCUUUUUAGUCAUUUUUUCUGAGCUUUUAGAGAAAAAAUUUGGGGGUUCCUCCUCCAAAUUAUCCUAUUUAUGUUUGUAAUUUUUUUAAUUUGUAAUUUCUAUUCUAGUUAUGAGUUUCUAAUCUUUUUAAGAUCACUAAGGUGAUGAUGAAACAAUAUGUAACUAUAUAGUAUUUAUGUUGUAUGUUGAUUUCUCAUUUUGUGCAAUAAAGUUUAUGGAUUUUCUUCUUCAAAUAUUUUCUUUCAUCUUAAAUAUCUUGUAUUUUUUAUUGUUAGAACAUAUUUAUAAUUUGUUCUUCAUUAGUGCAAAAUCAUAAUAUUCUUUGAUUAAGGUGUGCUAUUAAAUUGUGCACAUCAAAUGCUUAGAACAAAAAUAUUAUGUUUGCUUUAUAAAUAAUAUUUAUUGAUUUAUUUAUUAUUUCAUUAGAUUGAUUUACAUUAAAUACUUUGAAAUUUUAAUUUUAAAAGUGAAGAUAAAUCCUACAAUUCUAUAAUAAUUUGUGCUUAAAUAGAAUAUCUAAUUUGAAUAAGUGAUAGUUGAUUAAUUUCUACUAUUAAUGAAAUUUGGAAAUCAAUGUACUUAUAAAUAUUAUUGAACUUAUAUUUUGUGGAUUCUAAUACCUUAAUAAUCUUCUUUCACCAUCUUGAUUUAUACUAUUAAUUUAUUUUUAUUUAUUGUCUUAAAUUUCUUUAUUAUUAUCUCUUAUUUGAUUUUCUUGUCACAAAUUCUCAUCAAUCUUUGGAGCUAGGUUAGAAUUUAUUAAUUUUGAUUUAAAAUAGUUUUCUUUUUUAUUUUAGACAACUCAUUUGGGUUUGAUCUCGUGCUUACACGAACACUAUAUUUCAUAUACGAUUCGUGCGCUUGCGAGUUAUAAAUUUUUAAAACAUACAUGUUUUGGGUCCAUCAAUAUGUUUCAGGAUGAUGCCCGAAUUUGGUGGGAAGUAUAUCCAAGACCAGAAACAUCAAUGCCCUGAGUUGGGAAGAGUUUCAAACUUUGUUCAGUGAAAAAUAUUACAAUGAUGCAAUCAGGGCUGCAAAAGGCUGAAGAGUUUAUCAGAUUACUUCAAGGGAGUCAGUCAGUGACUGAAUAUGCUCUGAAGUUUGAUAAAUUGGCAAAGUUUGCCAUGGAGCCGGUGCCCACUGAUGGGACCAGAAGGGAGAGGUUUCUCCAGGGGCUAUAGCCUAGAUUAGCCCGGGAUGUUCGUAUCACUAAUGUAGCUGGAGUUACUACUUAUGCACAGGUGGUGGAGAAGGCGCUCACAGCUGAGAGCGCAGAGAACAAAAUCUAGUGAGACAAUGCAGCCAGAAGAGAGUUGAGGAGGACAAGUCCUCCAUUUAUGGGUUUAGGUAGGGGCGGAGGCCCCAGUGAUCAGAAGAGGAAGGCUCCUGAUACCUUCCCAGCUCCAGGCCCUGACAAGCGACCAUGUGGUAUUACAAUGGGCCGCCAGGGUGGCAGGGAAGCCUGAAGGACUUAUCCAGAGUGCCCUAGGUGCAAAAGACGCCAUUUGAGGGAGUGUAUAGCAAAGGCUUGAUUUUUAUGUGGGGCAAUGGGACAUCUCAAAGCAAGAAAGGAAGAACCCAGGAAGGCGGACAGCUCGGCCCCAGCUCAAGUGUUCGCAUUGACUCAAGCAAAAGCUGAGGCUUCACCCUCAAUAUUUAUAGGUCAACUUUUGAGUGGUGGAACCCCUUAUAUUGUUUUGAUUGAUUCUGGUGCUACACAUUCUUUUGUUGCUAGUAGAAUUAUUAAUAGACAGUGUAGACCAUGUGAUUAUUAUGUUGUGGGGUUUGGGACCUUAUUACCCACUGGGAAGUUAGUAGUAUCCAGGAGAUGGGUCAGAUCUUUACCAGUGAUAGUGGAGGGCAGUGAGUUGUCAGUUGAUUUUAUAGAGUUAGUUAUGACUGACUUUGACAUGAUUCUGGGUAUGGAUUGGUUAGUGAAGCAUGGGACAACUAUAGAUUGCAGAAGGAAGAUGGUAACCUUUGAGCCUGAAGGUGAAGAUCCUUUUGGAUUUUUUGGCACUAUGCAUGGACCCCGUAUACCUAUGAUAUCUAUUUUGAGGGCUAGAGAUCUAUUGCAAGGAGGUUGCAUAGGAUUCUUAGCCAGUGUGGUGGAUACCACUCGGGCCAUGCCAGUGGGACCAGAGGAGACCAGAUUAGUGUGUGAGUUUCUGGAUGUGUUUCCAGAAUAUUUACCAGGGUUGCCACCACACAGAGAUAUUGAAUUUGUGAUAGAACUGGCACCAGGGACGGAGCCAGUGUCUAGAGCACCUUAUAGAAUAGCCCCAGCAGAAUUAAAAGAAUUGAAAGUACAACUACAAGAGUUGUUAGAUUUGGGUUUUAUCAGACCUAGUUUCUCACCUUGGGGUGCACCAGCUCUGUUUGUGAAGAAGAAAGAUGGUUCUCUGAGGAUGUGUAUUGAUUACAGAGUACUGAAUAAGUUAACAAUUAAGAACAAGUAUCCUCUGCCAAGGAUAGAUGAUCUGUUUGAUCAAUUGCAAGGUAAAAGGGUAUUCUCAAAGAUAGACCUUCGAUCUGGUUAUCAUCAGCUGAGGGUCAAGUAGGGAGAUAUACCGAAGACUGUUUUUUGCACUAGAUAUAGGCAUUAUGAAUUCUUAGUCAUGUCUUUUGGAUUGACUAAUGCCCAAACUUCUUUUAUGGAUUUGAUGAACACAGUGUUCAAGGAUUAUUUGGACCAGUUUGUGAUCGUCUUCAUCGAUGAUAAUUUGGUUUAUUCUCAAUCAGAGUCAGAGCAUGAACAACAUUUGAGAUUGAUUCUACAGAGACUGAGGGAACACAGAAUGUUUGCAAAGUUCAAGAAGUUUGAGUUCUAGUUAUCAUAGGUAUCUUUCCUUGGGCACAUUUUCAGUAAGGAGGGGAUUAAAGUGGAUCCAGCCAAGAUUGAGGCGGUCAGAGAUUGGCCAAGGCCAAUGAAUGCUUCAAAAGUUAGAAGUUUCCUUGGAUUAGCAGUUAUUAUAGAUGUUUCAUGGAAGGGUUCUCUAAGAACGCUACUUCAUUGACUGAGCUGACACAUAAGAAUCAAAGGUUUGUGUGGUCAGACAGGUGUGAGAACAACUUCCAGGAACUGAAGCAGAGGUUGAUUACAGCUCCAGUUUUGAGUCUUCCUACAGAUCAAGAGAAGUUUGUGAUAUAAUGUGAUGCCUCACAUCAGGGUUUGGGUUGUGUUCUGAUGCAGUCAGGGAAGGCGAUUGCCUAUGCCUCACGUCAACUGAAGGAGUAUGAGCAGAGAUAUUCCACUCAUGAUUUAGAAUUGGCAGCUGUGGUCUUUGCAUUAAAGAUAUGGAGGCAUUACCUUUAUGGAGAGAAGUGUGAGAUUUAUACUGACCACAAGAGCCUGAAGUACUUCUUCACACAGAAAGACUGGAACAUGAGACAAGGUGUUGGCUGGAGUUAGUAAAAGAUUAUGAUUGUGAGAUCUUGUAUCAUCCAGGAACGGCCAACGUGGUAGCUAAUGCUUUAAGCCGGAAGGGUCCGGGACAAAUUUUUCAGUGCGAGGCUGAUAUCUAGAGAAUUAGCAUAGGAUAUGACCAGAGCUGGUAUAGAAUUACCGAUAGGCCAAUUGGCCAACAUUACGCUACAGUCUAUGCUGUUGGAGAGAAUCAAGGAAGGUCAGUUGGGUGAUCCACAUCUGACCAAGAUUAGAGAGGAUGUUUUAGCUGGAGUGUCCAGAGAUUAUAUAGUGUCUGAGGUGGGCUUGUUGAGAUACAAGGGUUGGAUAUGUGUUCCGUUAGACACUGCUAUGAGGCGGGAGAUUCUGGAUGAAUCUCAUACUACUUCUGUAAUGCCCCAAAAUCCCUAAUGAGGUUUAAUGGUUGGAUUAGUAGGUCGGGAUGGCCAUAAUUGAUUUAUUAUGCCAUUAAAUGAUUAUGUGCAUGUUUAUGUGAAUUAUAUUAUAAUAUGAUGUUAAAUGCAUGCAUGUGGGUCCACAUUUCAUGACAGAGGCAUUUUGGUAAUUUGGCCCGUUGAGGUCGUAAUUGUAUAUUUGUAUGCAUGUUGGUGAAUUAUUGUUGAGGCCACAUUAUAAUGUGGAUUUGUUCGAGCCAUUUGGCAUGAGGCGAUCUUUGAGUACAAGUUAGUGGUUUGGUCAUAACGGGAUUAAGUUCGGGGCUCGGGGUGAGUCUCGGGGUAAUUUGGUGAUUAGAACGUUGCCGGGAAUUUUAGGGUAACGGGAUAUGAAUAUUGGUUAUGACUAGGUAACCGCUAAGGAAUCAAAAGGUCGAUCGUUCUCAAUGGUCGUUCUUUUAUUAUUUCUCGCUCGAACUAGAGGUAAGAAAACUGCACCCCAUAUGUGACACGCAUGGUUAUUAUUGAGGCAUGUUAAAUGCGUAGCAAAUCUUGCUUACUUGUGAAUGGCACUGACUUAUUAUUCAGAAUCGGCAAUGGUGACUGUGAAGCUGUGACUUACUAGUCAAGUUCGACAGUAGUACUGAGCACUAAUAGUAUGUUAUUGACCUAUGAGUCAAGAGCGGCAUAAGCGUCAUGAACGCAGAGCCAAAAAGAUUAGAUCUAAUCGACAUCAGCAUUGAAUGACUCACUAUGAGCAUUAAUGCCAGACCGACCCCAAGUUCGAUGAAAACUAAAAGCGCUUG